UUGUUCAUUGGUGGAGUCUCUGCCCACCUACAAACAUACCUUUAGUCAUUGAAGAUAGCUCGACGUGAAAGAUUGUACCAUGGUGAGCCGGAUUCGCCGGAGAAAGGCAAACCUCUACGAGAUGAUCACUAUAUUAUAAAGGGCAACUCGCUCUCUGGUAGCCCAUAGUUGGUUCCCAACGCACCUGCUACCACUUUCAUUGUCCUUCCAGGCCGCCUGUUACCGUCAGUUAUCCCAACAACGACGUUCACCAUGUCUUCCUGGCUCAUUAACCUCGGUACCACCCUUGCCCUGGCGCAGACUAUCUCGGGCGCCCACAUCUACAUCAAGUCUACUAAUCCACCAGCUAACGGAUAUGUGACACACUGUACCGUCAUCAUCGAUGAGGAGCUUUUCGGCUGCAAGGGCAGCUCUGAUCCUUUCAAGAAGAAGUGUGGCAGGAAUCAGGGUAUCGAGACCAAGGAAAUCUGUGAAACUGCCUCCGUCACCGUCAACUGGGACACCGGCGAUCUACAAUUCAAGAAUGAUCACGGCGACCACGCCAACUGCACCCUGAGCACUACCAACCCAUGGGGCGAGUGUGAUACCAGCGACGCGAACAAGUACCCCAAGAUCGAGGACAACCACGCGGAAAGCCUCUUCAGUAUCAGCAGUGCGCUAUACGGGUUAGCACCCGUCGCCGCAGGGCUAUUGAUCUAAGGAGAUCGAGAAGGAAAUCCUAGCUCAUAGCCUCGCUUCCACCAUGCCCGAGCUAUAAAAGGGCUACGCCAGACCUCCUCUUCCUCUCCGAUUCCUACUGGCCUUUACGUAAGAGCGCGAGUGACAUUCAUGGGACGGCAACAAUCUGGGCUAACGGGGAU